UCUCACAUAGGCUUUAUCUGUCUUCACUAGAUUAAUCUGAUGCCGUGUUAAGUUUGUGCAUCACUGCAACAUCUAGACAGAGUGCACAAGAGGGUUUUUAAAAAAGUAGAGCCGGACAGGUUUCGAGCUGCUGCGAGUGUGCAGUGUUUGGGUUUUGAGUGUGAGGAAGCUGUGUGGUUAGAGUGUUGGCUCAAAGGUGUCAGAGCUGAAAACACUUCCUCGUCCUCUUUUACUCUCAUCACUCCGACCUGCAGAGAACACCAACGGCUCACAGUCCAACUCAGAGCUGGCUGACCUCACGUGUGACUCAGAUUUCACAUUGUCUUAGUUAACUUGAUAUAAGACUCCUAUCUCAGUAAAAUUAUUAGUGUAACGUUUGUGUGUGACGUUAAGAAGCACUGGGGGAAUGUGAAAACUGAUAAAGAGAAGACAGCAGCAAGUUGUGUUGCAUCAUUUCAUAAAUAACUUUGAUUUCAGGUGUAGAGCAGGUCUUCCUCCCUUAUGAGCGAUGCCUCGUUCUUUCUUGGUGAAGCGAGGAGGGCUGCACCACCCUCGGCCCACAGCAGGAAGCCCCAGCCCUGGGUCAACCCCAGUGAUGUUCAGCCAGCUACAUCAAAAGAUCCAGGGGUCCUGGGAUACACCCCUGGAGUUCUCCAAAGCAGAAACACCAGAUAAUAACGCAGAGUCCAUCACACUGUUGUUGCAGCAGGCCCCUCCUGCUACCAGUCACUCUGAUGGGAGUGGGCACCUUCAGCCAUUGAGCCCUAAAUCUUAUGACUGUAGACCUGCUGAGCCUUGCAGUCCUGUCAACUCAAAUACUUUUACCCCCGUGGAGAAGGUCGACUCUGGCUCUCCCACACCGGCAGUAUGGUCCAGUCCUCAGAUCCUGAGGGAGACCAGGAGCAGCAGCUGCUCGAAGAUCAGCGCUCCGAGGCAACAGUGUCCACUCUGUAGCAAAAUAUUUUCAUGUCUGUCUAGUUUGAAGACUCACAUAUGCAAAAGUCAUGGAAGCAGAGCGCCUCUGUCAGCAGCACACAUCAAGCCCAGGAGGACAAAUACUCCACCAUCACCAAGCAGGGGCAAAGAGAGGACGUUUGGCUGUUCAGUGUGUGGAAAAGUGUUCAAGCGCUCCUCCACCCUCUCCACUCACCUGCUCAUACAUUCAGACACCCGGCCGUAUCCCUGCCAGUACUGUGGCAAAAGGUUCCACCAGAAGUCUGACAUGAAGAAACACACCUUCAUACACACCGGAGAGAAGCCCCACGUGUGUCAGAUAUGCGGGAAGGCGUUCAGCCAGAGCUCCAACCUCAUCACCCACAGCCGCAAACACAAGGACGACCGGCCCUACCGCUGCCCCCGCUGCCUCUACAGCUUCCAGCACAAAGUGGACCUGCGGCAGCACCAGGACCACCACUGCACCUACCGCUGACUCCAACACAGCUGAGUCAGCCUUUUUCAAUAAGCAGUGGUAAACACAUUCAGGACAGAAAACUACUGACUGUGUUGCUUUUAUGACCAAGUCAAAUCUUUUAUGCAAAGCAAUAGUAGUUUACGUGUUAGAAAGACAGUGUUCGCAGGUUCAACACAGUAUUAGUAGACUAUUUCAUACCUCUUGCAGAAAAGCUAAACUUGGUGACUGUGGUCACCUCGAAUCUACAGUGUACUCGUUCAAUUGUAAAAAUCCAAGUGCCACUAUUCUCUCAUGUGUUUUAUAUUUAUAUACGAGGUGGUUCGUGGUUAUUGACUUUUUAAAGCUGAGAAAUAACAUGUCAUCGUUUGGUUCUUGACAAAAUAAUGACUGCCGUUAUUAUAGAUGACAGCCACUGAAUUCAGUUUAUAAGAGACUCUGUAUAUUUCCCACAUGGUGUGUCUUCUUCUGUGUGAUCUGUGGUCAUCUUAGGGUGUGGGGGAAAUUGCCUGCUAACACUCAGGGCACAUGAAAUAAAAACACAAAACGCUGACGAGUUAGUAAAAUAUAUUGUAUAAAAAAGGGCAGAACUCCAAUGUUUAUGUGCAGCUGAACUUCUACAGUGAACUGAUUCAACAGUGUAGAAUUAUAGCUUUAACACAAACAGGUGACACUACAUGAUUUCAUAACAUCUCUCACUUUAAAAGCAUCAUCAGUGUCAGCUAAAUGAUCUAAAUCCAGAAGCAGUGCAGUCCACAGUUUCCACAAUUUAUCACAGCAAGAGUUCACACUGAGCCCAAUACAUAGAUGUAUAAUUUGUUCUUUUGCUUUGUGUUGUGUUUAUUUAGCUUAAGUUUCAGAGAUUUUUUGUUCAGUUGUCAAACUCCAUAUAAGCUCUGGCAACAACAUCAUUGGAGUAGUUUCCACUUGUUGUGUUUUUAUCCACUUUAUCAUAGGAGUGGGCGUUUCCAAACCCCCAUACUGUAGGCUACUAUCCCUCGUGCAGAAAUAAUAAAAGAGAAAGUCAGCAAACAAAGUGUGAAGAAGGUUGAUACAUGUACAAGUCGACUGAUUCAGUAAAACAAACCUUUCAGCUGCUGCUUUCUGCUCCAGCUGGGAAAUUUCUCCUGUAUCUUUUCACUCAACUCAACCAAGAUCUAGAUGGAGGUGUUCCUCACUGUCCCAGAAUGAAAUGGCUUGAAAUGGGUUGGACCCUCCUUGUAACAUGAGGCUCUACUGGGGAAAUGUGAGUAAAACAAUAGUAGUUGUUAAACCUCCAUCAGUCUCCAGGUUUUUACUGUGGUCUCCUCAGCCUCUGUCCAGUGCUUUUCCAGCCCUGGACUCUCUGGAGAUGAUGCCAGCAAUGAGAACUCGAUGGAGAGCUAUCACCAGCAGUGCUGUUGCACACUGACCCUCUGUUCACCCUGCAGGAUGGGUGUGUUUAAUGUAUAUUCUCCCCCAGCAGAAGCCCCACCUCCUCUGCUUUAGAGGAAAAGGAGGAGAAAAAAGGAAACCUCAUUUACAAGAAAUGGCACCUGACUGUAACUGGCACAGAGUGCAGGCAGACAGGUACAAACAACAGAUUACUACAUACAGGUAGCAGGAAGAGGAGUCUACAGUGUUAGCAGCCCAAAGGCAAACACAGUGGACAGUGGAUAAGCAGGUGGACCUGGAAACAGGAAGAAGGUAUGGGAACAUUGGUUGGAUGAGUAUGACAGGGAGGCCAAUAAACAGGGCUGAGACAGAAAUCAUGACAACUAAGCUAAAUGAACAAAGAAGUCAUGUUUGUUUUGGCUCUAUGUUAUGUUUAUGCAAUGUAAGUUUUGACAUAAGACACACAUUACAGUGUUUCAUUUAUGAGUCACAGGAGGAUCCCUCAGAAACUUUAGUUGUGAACAGCUUCAGCUGUUAAAAGCCGUUGCUUUUGUACCACUGAGCUCUGGCAACAACAUCAUUGGAGUAGUCUUUCCCUGUUGUGUUUUCA